UCGGCAGCCAACCAUCACGCAUUAUGGCUGAGCAGGACGAGUCUGCUAAACUCUGGAAAGUCAACCGCACAAUCCAUGAACUCGUCAAGGACAGAGGCUUUCAAGUGUCCGACGAUGAAAUCAACAUGGACCUUGCAACUUUUCGAAGUCAUUAUGCUAACAAUGGCGGCAGUGUCGACCGGGCACAGCUGAAUUUUUUCACGAACCACAGAAAUAAUCCAAUGAGCCAGAUUUUCGUGUUCUUCUGCGAUGAGAAGAGUGUAGGGGUUAAGACCAUGCGGAAGAUGCUGGGUAUCCUUGAAGAGAAGAAUAUUCAACAGGGCGUCAUGGUGUUCCCUGGAAGCAUGACCCCAUCUGCGCGCAAAGUGAUCACCGCCAUGGCAUCUCAAUACAAGCUGGAAGAAUUUUCCGAGGCGGACCUCCUUGUGAACAUCACACAUCAUACGCUCGUGCCGAAGCAUGAAAUUUUGACGCCAGAGGAGAAGAAUGAGCUUCUGGAAACGUAUCGUCUCAAGGAGACCCAACUACCUCGGAUCCAGAUGGCUGACCCAGUGGCCCGUUAUUACGGCCUCAAGCGAGGAGAUGUAGUGAAAAUCACACGACCGAGUGAAACGGCUGGACGUUACGCCAGCUAUCGAAUAUGUUUCUGACGUAUUGUUUUCUGCACUGCAAAGGGUAGAUCUGCCCGGAAGCUCGAUUCCGCUUUCUUCAUUUCAUCUGUCGCCCCAUCAUGUUCUGAUGGUUCUACUGUAGUACUAGGGUAUCCGUCGUCUGCAUUGUUCACUUACUUCCCUGUCCCUGUUCUCGAAACUCAUCGCCCCAUGCUCGGAGCGCUCGUCCUAUGUAUUUACAAUUUUACAUGACUUCUGUAAUCCGAAUCGGGAUUUGCCGACAUUUGAAACACGA